UGACCCGCGCCGCGCGGCGUCAGUCACCAUCACGACGCGUCUGAGAGUGUAUCGCCGCGCCGCGAGAUGCCGAGCCGCGCCGACACUUUCCCGCCGCAGCAGCAGCAAGAAGGUGACGAUAAUGGCGCGCGUCAUUCCUUCCCGCCGCAGCAGCAGCAGCAGGAGGACGAGGACAAGGGCGUGCGGCAGUUCUUCCCGCCCGGCGCAUGGGACAGCCUGCCGCCCAUCGAGCAGCUCCGCUACGCCAACCUCUACAGGAGCCACCUCGCCCGCCGCAGCCUCGGACUGUGCCAGAAGCCGCUCGACUUUAUGAAAGUGCUGCAGGAGCCCCGCCCCUCCCCGCCCCGAGGCACCAAGAGGCGGCCACGCAGGGACGACGACGACGACGACGACGACGACGACUGGGUGCCAGAACGUGACGCGACGACUCAUGUGGCCCGCAGGUCUGUACCCCCGUCUAAGGCUCGGCGUGGACCAGGUCCCGCUCAGGCCCCGGGCACCUCCGCGGCUCCGCCGGUGAAGCGAGGGCGGCCGCGUGGGGCCUGUCGGUGGGCGAGCGAGGGGCACAGCAUCAGCAGCAGGGGACCACUGAGCGGCGGCCAAGAGGACGUAGUGGCUCACUGGAGGACAGCAAUACUGCAGAGGAGCGACGAUCCCGAUGACCACGCCGCCAAGGUGGUGCCCCGCGGCCUGGCCAUGGUGAAGGCUGCAGUCCGCCGGGACACCAACGGCUGCUCGGGGCACUCCACGCGCAGCCCAGCAGCAUCGUCGACGCCCAGCACAAAGUCACUGUCGCAGGACGAGUCAACCGUGCUGGACGGUUACCUGGCGGCCAUGGCAGACGGCAGGCUGGACCCGCUGUGUUCGUACAUCGACGGAGUCGCCGAGUGCCUGACGCUGUCCCCAGGAGGGAAGGAGCCUGAGCCCCUGAGGGAGUGUGACACAGCGGCCGCCAGCCCCGCCGGCUGUGACGCCUGGCUGAAGGAGAUCGUGCAGGCUGUGCAGGAGGUGGAGCAGCAGCAGAAGUGUAGUGAAGCGGAGGAGGCGCCAGCACAAGGGACGGGGGAAGGCCAGCAGGCGACAGGGACGGAAGACGAGAAGGAGAAGGAGCAGGCGCCAGCGUCAGCACAGAACACGGGGGGAGGGGAGCAGGCGGAGAGCAGGGAUAAAGACGCGAAGAAAGAGGAGCUCCGGGGGAAAGAGAAGAUGGAGGCAGAGGGGGAAAGGAUGGAGGGUGGAAAGACCAACGAAGAGGCAACGCAGAAUGGGAGAGAGAUGAAAGAAAAGGUGGAGGACGACGAGCACACGAAGGUGACCAAGGAAUAUAUGGGUGUCGACGCGGCACAGGGCGGCAGGAAGGGCCAUGGAGGACAGGCGGAGGCUCCUGCAGGAAUGGAGAGUGAGGACAAGGAGAACGUGGACCCCUGCUUGGUGCGAGCGAGAGGAUCGGGGAGCAGGCGGGGUCCUGGGCUGCUGCUGCCUCACUCUCCGUCGGGCACAGCAGCAGCAGGACAGCCAUUGACGGGAGGGACGAAGGAGAGGCGACAGCUGAGGCCCAGGACCCGCCGCCGCCAGUACUACGAAGACGACAACAUCUCCAAGGAUGACGAUUACUUGUACUGUGACGAGUGUGCCAUGGAGUGGGUUGGGGAGUGUGCACUGCACCCACUCACUCUGAUUCUGGAUUGGCCUGUGGUUCGUGACGGCAGCGAGGGCCAGCGGGCGCGCCUCACGGCCCCGUGGCCCCUGUGGGUGGCACCGUCCCAGGUGGAGGGCGCCGGGCUGGGGGUGUGGACCGCCGCCGAGCUGCCGCCCCGCCUAAUGUUCGGGCCGUACGAGGGUCGCCUCCUGGCCAGAGUACAGGAAGGCACUGAGUCUGGCUACGGAUGGCGGCUACGAGGACAGCGAGACCCGUUGUGCUGCGUGGACGCCGUCGACCCCAGCAUCAGCAACUGGAUGAGAUACGUGAACUGUGCGCGGACUGAAGCGGAGACCAACUUAGGGGCUCUCCAGUACAAGGGUCACAUCUACUACAAGACGCUGUGCUCCAUUAAGAGCGGCAGCGAGCUGAUGGUGUGGUACGGUGAUGAGUACGGCGCAGAGCUGGGCCUGACGCGGGUGCAGGCGUCCUCCGAGGCCAGGCCCGUCAGCAGCAUCUCUCGCAGGGGGCGUCCACGGCACCCCCACCGGCCCAUCUUAUCUGCCACGCCUCCCCUGGGGGGUGCCACGGUCAACCGGCAUCCGCCCCCCACACCUGUCAAGGCUCAACCAGGACUGGUCGGGGCGCAGCUGCGGGACACCGAGAGGGCAGGUGCUGGGGCCCACGGUGACCCGCCUGGCGCCACACUGGACGAGACCACCGCCAUGAGCCUCCAGAGAACAGUAGUCCCGACCGGCAACGGAAAAUGUGGACCCGGGCCUCAAAACGGCACCCCCCACAAGACGACAGCAGAGGGUCAAGCAUCAGGUGGGGAGAGGGAGGGGGGAGGAGGUGCAGCCGAGGGAGAAGAGAAGCGAGAGAAGAGAGAAACCGAGAUGAAGGAGGAAGAUGAAGAUGAGAAUAUUGUCAAAGUGAAGCCCCACGCAUAUCUGGAGUGUGGGGAGGAAAAUAGUCAACGUGAUCAUAUGAAUAGCCAGACAGUAACACACGCCAGAGAAAAGCCCCAUGAGUGUACGGACUGCGGGAAGAGGUUCGGUACAAGAGGCGAGCUGAAUACUCAUAGACGCAUACACACAGGAGAGAACCCA